UUACCAUGCGGUAGGAGGCGGGAAAAGGUCGAAAUCUGAGAAACAACAGGUGUAACGUUAGAUAUCGGCAGUAUCCUCUUCCUGGCCACGGAUGUUAGACAUUCUGAAGGAACAAAUAAUGACAAGAUUUAUAUUUUAAAAACACAUAAGGUAUUAUUGGGUCAUUUUCCUCAACUUGAAGGCAAGACGUCUCAAGAUCUCGGAGAGUAAAAUGCGGGUCCUGUUGGUGUUCCCCCUCUUGCUGACGGUGGUGGUGGCGACGGACUUCUUCCACCAAGUCAUGCCAGGUGACAAAUGUGUACACCAGGAGAUGACGUAUGGAAUCGGCGACCAAUGGCACUGGGACAAGUAUCCCGCCGAGGACGUCUGCGCCCACUGUGACUGCAUCAACGCUGGCUUGGAGGGACACGUCGGUAUCGUCUGCAGGAAGACCACCCCUCCCCCGGCCCUGCCCGGCUGUCAGAUCUACCAGAACCCUGAGGACUGCAGCAACUUCCCCAUGGUCUGUCCUAGUAUGGACAUCAACACUGACAUCGACACCUCCCAGCUGAUUGGUCCACUGUAAUCAUCACAAGAAAAGCAAGAGCCUUCAUAAAUCUGCAUUGUGAUUGGUCAUAAUGGAUGGCAAUUAUAUUGCAGUUGAUGAAGACGGCAUUCUUGAGAAAUAAAAUCUUCUGGUGAAAGAUUUCA